AUGAGCUAUCAAUGGAGUUUACCAAAUGAUUUCCAUUUGCAGGAAAACCCCGAUGAAAGAGAUGCCGAAGCUAGAGUAAAUGCUGUGAAAGGACUUGUAUCAGUCUGUGAAACAUUAACCAAGGCAAAAGAAGCUUCCAGUAUUGUUUCUCGAGAGGAUGAUGUGACUCUGUAUCAUCUGAUCAAGAAUGAAAUAGUGAAAAGUUUACUGAAAGCGCUUGAUGAUUAUUCUGUCGAUAACAGAGGCGAUGUGGGUUCAUGGGUUCGUGAGGCUGCUAUGGAUGGUCUUGAGAAAUGUACAUACAUACUUUGUGGGAAAGAUUCCAUGGAUUCCAUUAGAAAUUCACCCAGAGUUGAAUCCGCAUUGGAGUUGCCUAGUGACAGUGCUGAAAAUAACCACAAGCACUCAUUUUUUGAUGCAAAACUUGCUACUGCUGUGGUCGGAGGAAUUGUUAAGCAAGCUGUAGAGAAGAUGGAUAAACUAAGAGAAGCAGCUGCAAAGGUUCUGCAUAGGAUCUUAUACAAUGAGAAAAUAUAUGUUCCACAUAUUCCUUAUAGAGAAAAGCUAGAGAAUAUUAUUCCCAAGAAGGCAGAUUUGAAAUGGGGGAUACCCUCAUUUUCUUAUCCGCGAUUUGUACAGUUACUUCAGUUGGAUUGUUAUAGUAGAGUUGUCAUUUCUGGGUUAGGUAUUUCAAUUGGUGGAUUGCAAGAGUCCUUAAGGAAGGCAUCAAUCUCUGCUUUGCUGGACUAUCUUCAAGUGGCUGAAACUGAUAUUCCGGAGGAAAGAAAGUCCAGAGAGCAUUUGUUAUGUACCGAUAUCCUUUGGGUUCUCCAAUAGUACAAGAGAUGUGACAG